CCACAAUAAACUUUUUUUGGGGAGCACCAAAAACCCAGGCGUUCACUGAAAAUCUCGGGUUGAAUCCCAGUCGAUAAACACCAAAGUGCCGUUCUCCCUGAGAGGCACACCAACUGCACCGACACCGACAUUAUUGAACACAUACCUCUUGUCGCAAUUCAGCAUCGAGACUUCCACCAUGCCGAAAGCACCCUCCUCUCUCCCCGGCAAGAAACGCCAUAACCCUCUGGCCGACGAUUUGGUCGCCACCGGAGUCCUCAAGAACAAGCCCUCAAAGCGAAAGACUAAGGCCGAGCCCGAGGAAGGAGAGAGAUAUGUCGACUCUCGCGCAAGCAAGAAUAUUCUGGCGAUGAGCCGGGAGCUACUCCAGGAAGAUGAGCAGCAAAGCGAAGAAGAAAAAGGCGGAGAACGAGGAGCCUUCGAUUUCAACCCGUCAAACUUCGACAGUCGCGAGCAGGAUGAAGAACUUUACGGCGAAGACGAAACUUGGGGGGACGAAGAGGAGGAAGUAGAGGAGAUUGAAGUAGAGGCUGGUGACCUGGAGGUGUUCCAUAAGUUCAUCAAGCCCUCUAUGGAGGACGAUCCGCUCCUUACGCAUGGCUGGGAUAUGAAGGGUGAUGGUGGUCAGGAGCAACAACAGGGUGGUGGACAAGAUCUGGCCGAAAUGAUCCUGGCCAAGAUCGCUGAACAUGAAGCUCAGCAACAAGGCGGGUGGCACGACGACAACCCGGCCGACGAGGAACACGUUUUGCCACCAAAGGUCAUCGAAGUCUUUGAAAAGAUUGGAAUGUUUCUUUCUCGGUACCGUAGUGGCCCUCUCCCGAAGCCGCUAAAGGUGCUCCCUCAGAUCCCCGGCUGGGAAGCCAUACUCCAGGUCACUCAACCCCACAACUGGACUCAUCAUGCCGUCUUUGCUGUCACCAGAAUCUUCGUGGCAGCCAAGCCAAAGGUUGUCCAGCGGUUCAUGGAGAUGGUUGUUCUUGACCAUGUCCGUGAGGACAUCUCCGAGAACAAGAGGUUAAAUGUACAUCUAUUUAACGCUUUGAAGAAAGGUCUAUACAAGCCGGCUGGUUUCUUCAAGGGAUUCCUUCGGCCAUUAGUUGCCUCAGGGGUUACUCUUGUCGAAGCUCGUGUCGUAAGUGGUGUUCUCACACGCGUGUCGAUCCCCGUGAUACAUUCGGCCAUGGCCCUCAAAGAGUUGUGCGAUUUUGCGGCGGAGAUGGUUUCAUCGAAGAACGAGUCUGUUAGUGCCGUUAACUACCUGAUCAAGGUUCUUCUCGAUAAACGAUACGCUCUGCCCUGGCAAUGUAUCGAUAGCCUAGUCUUCCACUUCCACAGUUGGUGGCUGAUUGAGGAUUUACACAAACAGAAGAAACGAAGCGAAUCCUCGGAACAAGCCCCUGUCGACGAUGGCAAGUUUGAUGCAGUCAAGAAGUAUCUCGAUCGCCUGCCCGAGGCGGAGAAGCCGGUCCCAGAACAGAAGACUGAUGUCGAACCGAACACCAAGGGCCGUCGUGUGCGCUUUGGAAGAGUGUUGUGGCAUCGCCGGAGGUCGACCCGAGCAACGGACAACUCAAACCCGAGCUUGUCAGAUAUGGACCGCAAAGAACGACCCAGCGGUCCGGCGAUAUGGUUGACACAGUUUCCAGGCGGAGAGGCAACUCGUGUCCAUACUCCGCCCUACAAAGAAGACACAGUCGACGGACGACCGCGUAGUCUCUUCUUUGACGUAGCUCGGCCAAACAGUCGACACGAUCAAACUCCAUCCGAAACAUCCUCUACGCGAGAGAAAGUCGGUAUCCGAACCUCCCGGUCGUCCCCAUUGAAUGUGAAGAGCCGUGGCAGAAGAUCGCAACAGAGAAGUUCGGCCAGCGGCGCAUCGGGAAGAGGUCUUGGGGGCAGCAUCUCGCCGUACAGAGUUCCAUCGCCCCGUAAGGCGAAAGAGGAUGGCUCCCCAAGUCGGAGCAAAAGCGGACCUGCAAAAACAAGAGAAAAGACCAGAUCUCCCCUUGCCACCACCCCAAAAGAAAGCGUCAAAGAGUGGUGGGACGCACCUUUAAGAACGCCAGACACCCCACCUUCUACACCGACACCCCGAACCCGGGUCACGAGAGCAACCACGGGGACAGCGGCGAUGUUCAAGUUUGAUGUGCCGGAGCACUUGCCCAGCAGUCCCAUGUGCCCUGCCAAUCCCAAGAAUCCCAAGUCACUGGGGAAGGGGGUCUGCGUGUAUCAUGGGAGACGACGGAGUUCACGUUUUGGGUUGGCGGGGUCUGAUUCUUUGCUUUCUCCGAAGGUUGAGAGGGAGGAGGCGGCUUAUGACGAUGGGAGUAAUUCUAUGUAAUGCUUGAUUGACCACGCGUGGGAAUGUUCAAAGAAUAUUCUGUAGUUCAGUUU